AUGGAGGACGAAAAAUAUUGCAUCGAGCCACAAUGGCACUCCAAGCCACGUCCGAUCCGAAUCAUUUGCAUUGGAGCUGGUGCUGCGGGAUUGCUUGUCGCCUAUAAGACGAAGAAAUUACUGAAAAACAUUGAGUUGAUCAUAUAUGAGAAGAGUCCGGACAUUGGAGGAACAUGGUAUGAGAAUCGGUAUCCCGGUUGCGCAUGUGACGUUCCAGCGCACGUUUACACGUAUUCGUUCGAGCCCAACCCGUCUUGGUCAAGUUUCUACACCUCGGCGCCAGAGAUCAAAAAUGGAAGUGGCCGGCUAUUCCAGGGCUGCAUGAUUUUCGGGGAACUCUUCUACACAGUGCCCAAUUGGGACAGUUCGGUUGACUGGGAGAGGAAGACAGUCGCCGUGAUCGGACCAGGACAUGAAGAGCUGAAAAAGAGACUUAUCCCUUUAUGGCCUCCUGGAUGUCGACGUAUUACCCCAGGAGAAGGUUAUCUCGAGGCCUUGAUCCAGGACAACGUCACGACAAUCCACGACGAGAUUGUCAAGGUCGUAUCUGAAGGCCUUAUUGAUGCAACCGGGAGAUUGCAUGAAGUCGACAUGAUCGUCUGCGUGACCGGAUUUGAUGUCUCCUUUAAACCGUCGUUCAAAGUCCUCGGCAUCGAUGGAUAUGCCGGAGGAAUUCACACCUGA